ACCUCUCUCAUCCCAACCUCCCUGCGAGGGAGCAGGGAGCUGGUGGAGAGCUGCUGCUGCUGCUGCUGCUUCGGGCUGCAAAGCACCGAUCCUGAAGAGCAUCGUUCAAAGCAUCAUCAUCGUCGUCGUCAUCAUCAUCAUCAUCCCAGAGCAUCAAUCACCCCAAGCACAGUUCGGGACCCGGUGCCUCUGGCACCGCAGCUCUUCCAUGAAGGAGGAGAUGUCCUCCUCCUGCUAGGAGCCCGGGCGGUGGCCCUGGCACGGGUGACUCCCCCUCUGGCGGGUAAGGACGAUGGAUGGAUGAAUCGGCAACGAGAGCCCCGCUCCUUUAACCCCCUGCUCCUUGCAGAGGGGCUCGCCAGGAUUUACCGGGGCAUUUUGGCUGCUGUGGGAGCCCUGCGCCUGCCCAAGGAGCCACCUUCAGCCCCCGGAGAUCCUUCAGCCCCUGGAGCCCCGGGGGCUGCCUCCCCCAUCCCACCAAAGCAGUUUGCCAGCCGCCGCGGAAGUCCUCCUGCGCUCGCCGACCCCGAGAGGAGCAGCCCCCACAUGAUCUCCGCGGACGAUGCCGAAUACCCGCGGGAGUACAGGACCCUGGGCAACGGCACCCGGCGCUUCUCCAACGUAGGGCUGGUGCACACCUCGGAGCGCCGGCACACCGUCAUCGCCGCCCAGAGCCUGGAGGCCCUCACCGGCCUCCAGAAGUCGGAGAUGGAGCGGAAGAGAGAUGCCUUCAUGGACCACCUGAAGAGCAAGUACCCGCAGCACGCACUGGCACUCCGAGGGCAGCAGGAGCGGAUGAGGGACCAGCCCAACUACUGGAGCUUCAAG